AUGGAAGAAGAAUUGAUCGGAGUCCAGAGCAGCCCCAGGGUGUUAUUAUCCCGGUUGUUGAACACCCGAAGUGCUGAUUCCACCACCCGGGAAGUGGGCAUGGACACGUCCCUGCUCCUCGCCAUCACUGUUAUUGGGAUCACUGUGCUCCUGUUGGCCCUGAGGAACAAGAACGUAAAGAAGAGACGUCCUAUCGCCUUACAGCACCCUGAAGCCAAGUUCCUGCUGCCCCUGACGGAGAAAGAGGGGAUGGGCCAGCCCUCCCCCUCUGCUGUCAGGGGCAGUGUUGGGGUGGGGGGUGAUGUGAGAGGAAGACAAAGCGCUGGGGAGUGUUGGCUGGGGAGGCCAGGGCACUGGGAUGGGCAUUCCAGGCCUCUAGUUUGCCUCCCACCGCCACUGCCUGCGUAUGUGUGCUGGCGGCUCCUUUCCCAGGCAUCUGAGCUGCCCAGCAAAGCUUCCAGAAAGCUGACAGAGCCCACCUCUGUUUUCUGUCAUUAGCAAAUCAGCUACAACAAUCGGAGGUUGUGCUUUGGACUGCCCUCGCGGGACCAUGCCUUGGGGCUUCCUGUAGGUAACUAUGUUAAUCUCUUGACCAAAAUUGAUGGUGUUUUGGUGGUCAGGGCUUACACGCCUGUGUCCAGUGAUGAUGAUCUAGGCUUUGUGGACUUUAUUAUCAAGAUCUACUUCAAAAAUGUACACCCUAAUCAUCUAGAAGGGGGGAAGAUGACUCAGUACUUGGAGAACAUGAAAACUGGGGACACCAUCCUUUUUCAAGGGUCAUCCGGCCUCCUGUUCUAUCAUGGGUCAGGAAAGUUUGCGUUCAAACCAUACUAAACGAGUGAGCUUGAAAAUAAACUGGCCCAUCACCUGGGAAUGAUUGCUGGCGGCACAGGGGUUACGCCCAUGCUGCAGCUCAUCUGCCGCAUCACCAAGAAGCCCAGUGACAAGACCAGGAUGUUCCUCGUCCAUGCCAACCAGACAGAGGAGGAGAUCUUGGUGAGAAAGGAGCUUGAAGAAGUUGCCAGAACUCACCCAAAGCAGUUCAACCUGUGGUACACCCUGGACAGGCCUCCUGUUGGCUGGAAGUACAGCUCAGGCUUCAUUACUGAGGACACGAUCAAGGAGCAUCUCCCUCCUCCUGGGAGGUUCUCGUUCAUCCUGGUAUGUGGCCCACCACCCCAGAUCCAGAGAGCCGCGCGCCCUAACUUGGAGAAACUGGGUUUCACCAAGGACAUGAUUUUCACCUACUAAUGCCUCCCUUGCUCUUAGCAAAUUUGCCUGGUCCCGUUCAUGUUUCACAGUGAGCUCAGCUUCACCAUGUUAUACUGGGAAGUGUUCAAAAAGUCCCUCGUAAUGCAUCCUUGCAUACGCUGGCGCUCCUUCCUCUCUUUUGGUGUGGGGCUAAGAAAAAGGCUCAAGAGACUGAAGAUAAAGUAGCUUCUGAGACCUCCUUGCUUGAAGAGGCUUGAAGGAAUUCCAUUUCAGCAUCUUUUUCCAUAGUUUAGUGAAAUAAAAUUCAGUGCAAAGCAGAUAGCCAUUGAGUGUGGCUCUGUGGGGGACCUGCUAGACAGGUAGAAGGCCUUGGCCUGCCCCACAUGUGAACUGGCAUCUUGUGUCCCUGGGGGGUCACAAUGGUCAAAAAUGCUGGGGCAGAACUCCAGGAGAAUCCAAGGGGGGUCGUGUCAACUCCCAAUUUCUCUUCAACCCCUCUUUCUAGAGUGUUGUUUUUAAGGUCACACCUAUCAGAGGGCUCAGGCACCCUCCAUGUGCACUCUUUCUUCUCUUGUAGGAGAACUUGAAAUGGAAAUGGUGUUAAAAAUACACAUCAGGGCAAUAGUCAAGGUGGGCUCCAAGAAUCCUGGACUCCCUGUGCUUUACACCACAAAUGGAGGUAAGGGGUGCUUCUUUGUUAAGGAUCCUCUAAAUGCCAGGCCCAAUUCUGGUGUGAUCAGGUAGGUGUGGUUAGUACAGAAGCUUCUGAACUUGCAAACAAAAUUAGGUUCCUGAGGCUAUUCCUUAAAUCCAUCAUAUUUAUUGCAAAGGGUAUAAGUGUUCACUAUCACCAUCUGUUGUUUGUGGUCAGGAUGACAUGCUGUUGCUUUGUUAUCUGUGACUGGAUGAAACCACUUAUGCUCUUGAUUUUUUUUAUUACUUCUGCUCUUGAAGUAUAGUUGAUUUAAUUUAUAAUGUUUCAGGUGUACAGCAAAGUGAUUCAGUUGUGUGUGUAUAUAUAUAUAUUCUUUGUCAUUCUUUUCCAUUAUAGGUUUUUACAGGAUAUCACAUAUAGCUCCCUAUGCUAUACAGUAGAUCUUUGCUAUUUUAUAUAUAGCGGUGUGUAUCUGUUAAUCCCAGAUUCCAAAUUUAUCUCUUCCCUCCCUUUCCCCUUUUGUAACCCUAAGUUUGCUUUCUAUGUCUGUGAGUCUAUUUCUGUUUUGUGAAUAAGUUCAUUUAUAUCAUUUUUCUAGAAUGCACAUAUAAGUGAUAUCAUAUAUUUUUCUUUCUCUUACUUCAUUUAGUAUGUUGCUGCAAAUGGCAUUAUUUCAUCAUUUUUUAUGGUUGAGUAAUAUUCCAUUCAUCUGUUGAUGGGCAUUUAGAUUGCUUCCAUGUUUGCCUUGUGUAAAUAGUGCUAUGAACACUGGGGUGCACGUAUCCUUUUGAAUUAGAGUUUUCUCCAAUAUAUGACCAGGAGUGGGAUUGCGGGAACACGUGGCAACCCUAUUUUUAGUUUUUUGAGGAACCUCCAUACACUUCUCCAUAGUGGCUGCAGCAAUUUACAUUCCGAGCAACAGUGUAGGAGGGUUCCCUUUUCUCUACACCCUCUCCAGCAUUUAUUAUUUGUAGAUUUUUUGAUGAUGGCCAUUCUGACUAGUGUGAGGUGGUACCUCAUUGUAGUUUUGGUUUGCAUUUCUCUAAUAAUUAGUGAUGUCGAGCAUCUUUUCAUGGGCCUGUUGGCCUUUUGUAUGUCUUCUCUGGACAAAUGGCUAUUCUUCAAUUUGUGAAUGUGGUGUAUCACAAUGAUUGAUUUGUGGAUAUUGAAAAAUCCUUGCAGCCCUCAGAUAAAUCCCCUUGAUUAUGGUAUACAAUCCUUUUAAUGUAUUGUUGGAGUAGGUCUGCUAGUAUUUUGUUGAGGAUUUUUGCAUCUAUGUUCAUCAGCAAUAUUGGUUUGUAAUUUUUUUUGUGAUAUUUUGGUCUGGUUUUUGUAUCAGGGUGAUGGUGGCCUCAUAGAAUGAGUUCAGAAGUGUUCCUUUUUCUCCAGUUUCUUGGAGAAUACUUUCAGAAGGAUAGGUGUUAUCUCUUCUCUAAAUGUUUGAUAGAAUUCACCUGUGAAGCCAUCUGGUCCUGGACUUUCAUUUUCUUGGGAGUUUAAAAAUUACUGAUUCUAUUUUGGUACUGGUAAUCGGCCUGUUCAUUUUUUCUAUUUCUUCCUGGUUCAGUCUUGGGAGAAUUGUACCUCUCUAAGACUUUGUCCAUUUCUUCUAGCUUGUCCAUUUUAUUGGCACAUAAUUGCUUGGAGUAAUCUCUUAUGAUCCUUUGUAUUUCUGUGGUGUCAGUUGUAACUUCUCCUUUUUCAUAUCUAAUUUUAUGGAUUUGAGUCCUCUCCCUUUUUUUCUUGAUGAGUCUGGCUAAAGGUUUAUCAAUUUUAUCUUCUCAAAGAACAAGCUUUUAACUUCAUUGAUCUUUGCUAUUGUUUUCUUUGUCUCUAUUUCAUUUAUUUCUGCUCUGAUCUUUAUGAUUUCUUUCCUUCUACUAACUUUGGAUUUUGUUUCUUCUUUCUCUGAUUGCUUUAGGUGUAAUGUUAGGUUGUUUAUCUGAGAUUUUUCUUGUUUCCUGAGGUAAGCUUGUAUCACUAUAAACUUCCCUCUUAGCACUGCUUUUGCUGCAUCCCACAGGUUUUGGAAUGUUGUGUUUUCAUUUUCAUUUGUCUCCAGGUAUUCUGAUUUCUUCAUUGAUCCAUUGGUUGUUUAGUAACAACCUCCAUGUGUUUGUUUUCUAGUUCUUUUAUUCCUUGUAGUUGAUUUCUAGUCUCAUAGCCUUGUGGUUGGAAAAGAUGCUUGAUAUGAUUUUAAUUUUCUUAGAUUUACUGAGACUUGUUUUUUGGCCCAGCAUGUGAUCUAUCCUGGAGAAUGUUCCGUGUGCAUUUGAAAAGAAUGUGUAUUCUGCUGCUUUCGGGUGGAAUGCUCUAUAAACAUAAAUUAAGUUCAUUUGGUCUAAUUUUUUAUUUAAGGCCUGUGUUUCCUUAUUGAUUUUCUGUCUGGAUGACCUGUCCAUUGAUGUAAGUGGGGUGUUGAAGUCCACUAUUAUUACUAUCAAUUUCUCCUUUUAUGUUUGUUAGCAUUUGCUUUAUAUAUUGAGGUGCUCCUAUGUUGGGUGCAUAUAUACUUAUUGUUAUAUCUGCUUCUUGGAUUGAUCUCUUGAUCAUUACGUAGUGUCCUUGUCUCUUUUAACAGUCUGUAAAGUCUAUUUUGGCUGAUCUAAAUACUGCUAUUCCAGGCUUCUUUUGAUUUCCAUUUGCAUGGAAUACCUUUUUCCCUCCACUCCCUUUCAGCCAGCCUGUAUGUGUCUCUAGACCUGAAAUGAGCCUCUUGUAGGCAGCAAAUGUGUGGAUCUUGUUUUUGUGUCCAUUCAGUCACUCUGUGUCUUUUGGUUGGAGCAUUUAAUCUAUUUACAUUUAAGGUAAUUAUCAAUAUGUUCUUAUUGCCAUUUUGUUAAUUGUUUUGGACUUAUUUAUAUAGGUCUUUUUUCCCCUUCUUUUGCUCUCUUGUGACUUGAUGACUAUCUUUAGUGUUAUGUUUGGAUUCCUUUUUCUGUUUUGUAUUUCUAUUAGAUUUUUGGUUUGCAGUUACCUUGAGGUUUUUGUAUAGCAGUCUAUAUGUAUACAUAAGUGUUUUAAGUUGCUGAUCUCUUACUUUCAAAUGCAUUUUAAAUACGCUGCAAUUGUACUCUCCCCACCCUCACAAUUACUUUUUGAUAUCGUAUUUUACAUCUAAUUGUUUUGUUUAUCCCUUGCUUAUUGUGGAUAUAGAUGGUUUUACCACUUUUGUUUCUUAACCUCCCUGCUAGCUUUGUGUGUGACUGAUUUCCUACCUUUACUGUAUAUUUGCCUUUACCGGUGAGCUGUUUCAUUACAUAAUUUUCAUGUUUCCUGUAGUGGCCUUUUCUUUUUUCCCUAGAGAAGUUCCUUUAACAUUUGUUGUAAAGCUAGUUUGGUGGUGCUGAAUUCUUUUAGCUUUUGCUUGUCUAUAAAGUUUUUGAUUUCUCCUUCAAAUCUGAAUGAGAGCCUUGGUGGGCAGAGUAUUCUUGUGUUUUUCCCUUUCAACACUUUAAAUAUAUCUUGCCACUCCCUUCUGACCUGCAGAGUUUUUGCUGAAAAUUAGCUGAUAGUUUUAUGGGCGUUCCUUCAUAUUGUUACUUGUUGCUUUUCCCUUGCUGCUUUUAGUAUUCUCUCUUUAGCUUUAAUUUUUGUCAUUUUGCUUUGUGUCUUGGUGUGUUUCUCUUUGGGUUAAUACUGUAUGGGACUCUGCACUUCCUGGACUUGGGUGACUGUUUCCUUUCCCUGGUUAGGGAGAUUUUCAGCUAUUAUCUCUUCAAAUAUUUUCUCAAACCCUUUCUCUCUUCUCCUUUUAGGACCCCUAUAAUGCAAAUAUUAGUGCACUUGAUGUUGUCCCAGAGGUCUCUUAAACUAUCCUCAUUUCUUUUCAUUCUUUUUCCUUUUUUCUGUUCAGCAGUGGUGAUUUCCUCUACUGCCUCAUUUUGUCUGUGUUGCUAUUUGUAUUUUUAUGUAUGUGGUAAGUUAGUUAUGUUUCUCGACCUUGGAGAAGUGGCCCUCUGUAGGAGGCAUCCUAUGCGUCCCAGCAGUGCACAUCCCUCUUGUCACCCAAGCCAUAUGCUCUAGGGUUCCCCUUAAGAGAGCUGUGUGGGUCCUUCUGUUGUGACAGACUGACCCUGUAGGCAGUCUGGGAGGCUUGGUUGAGCCCUAGUCUGGUUGGUUGUGAAACCCUAGGGGCCUGUGGGGCUAGCGGUGGCUCACUGGUGGGUGGAGUCAGAGUCCCAAAGAACCUGGGGCUGCUGCCCACCGACUGGCAGGUGAAGCCAGAUUCUGGGGUUAGUGCCAGAUCCUGGCAGGCAGAGCUGUUUUCUGGGGUCUAGCUGCAGCACCCAGGGACCCCAGAGCUCAUUUGUGGAAGGGGUGCCAGUUCCUUCCUGACACAGUUGAAUACGGGGUCCUGUGUGUCCUGAAGGUUGCAUUGGUCUGCUAGUGGCCAGGGCCCAGCUGGUCCCAGGGUAGGGUCUGGCCUGUGUUGGGGAACCAGUUUUCUUGCUUCAGGUGUCUGCCGCCUGGUGGUUGAGGCUGGUCUAGAGGUUUGUGCAGGCUUUCUGGUAGGAGGGGCCAGUGCCUGUCCACUGGUGAGUGGGGCUGGGUCUUGGCCCUCUGGUGGGCAGGACUGUGUCUAGCAGUAGUGAGCCCAGAGGCAGCUGUGGGCUCUUUAGUCUGUAGGCAGCCUGUCUGCUGAUGGGCGAGGCUGUGUCCCCAUCUAGUUAGGUGAGGCAUUCCAGGCAUUGUCACCCUUAGGCUGUUGGGCGGGGCCUGUCUUGGAGCUAAUGAGCCAAGAUGUCAGCUGCCAUCAACCAUGUUCACUCUCCUGAAUGCUCCCCAGUAUGGCUGCCACCAGUGUCUCUGUCCCCAGGGUGAACCGCCCCCACCCCCUUCCGCCUAGGAGACCCUUCUAGACCAGCAGGUAGGUCUGGCCCAAGCUCUUAUCAAAUUACUUUUGCUGUGUGUCCCUGUGCAUGUGAGAUUUGGCAUGUGCCCUUUGAGUGGAGUCCGUUUCCCCCGGUCCUAUGGGGCUCCUGCAAUUAAGCCCCACUGGCCUUCAAAAACAAUUGUUCUGGUGGGGCUCAUCUUCCCAGUGCUGGACCCCCGGGCUUGGUAGCCUGAUGGGCUCAGAGCUCUUGCUCCUGUGGGAGAAUCUCUGUACUAUAAUUAUUCUCUAGUUUGCGGGUUGCCCACCCCGGCAGGGGUGGUGGGGUGUAAAUGGGAGUUGAUUAUGUUGCAAGCCCAC